UAAACUAAAUGGAAGGAAAAAAAAAAAAAAAAAAAAAUCCCAAUGGAAACCUGUCAUCUCUUCCCCAUCAUCUUCUUUGCUUUUGUCUUACUCCAAUUUCUCUUGAAAUCAUGUAGUACUAAUUCAAUACUUGACACCAUGACUCCCACACAGUCAAUCACUGAUAUCCAUGGCCAAACUUUAGUUUCCAAGGGACAAAUCUUUGAGCUUGGCUUUUUCUCUCCUGGAAUCUCAAACAAAAGGUACCUAGGAAUAUGGUACAAGAAUACCCCAGAUGUAAUUGUCUGGGUAGCAAACAGAAACAACCCACUUACUGAUUCUAAUGGGACAUUAAUCAUCACCAACCACGGAAAUCUUCUUCUUCUGAACCAAGCUAUCAACACCAUUUGGUCCUCAAAUUCAUCAAUGGUAACAAACAAUCCAGUUGCUAAGCUUUUGGAUUCCGGGAUUCUUGUUGUUGGAGACCAAACCAGAAUGGACAGCAACAAUAACCACGACUCUGAACAUGAUGUCGUAUAUUAUGCAUGGCAAAGCUUUGAUUAUCCAACAGACACAUUUUUAGCAGGCAUGAAGAUUGGAUGGAACUUCAAAACUGGUCUUGAAAGAUAUUUAACAUCAUGGAAAAGCCAAGAUGAUCCAUCAACCGGUGAUUCCACAGUCAGGAUGAAGAUCAAGGGUCUUCCUCAAUUGAUCAUUGCCAGGGGAACCAAAAUAAAGCUUCGGUCAGGACCAUGGGAUGGAUUUAGAUUCAGUACUAGUCCCAAUACACUAACUAAUCCUGUUUUCAACUCCACUCUAAUAUCUAACGACGAGGAGCUGUAUUUCACUUACAGGACCGAUUCCAAUGCAGUCACUACACGCGGGAAAGUUAAUCAUUUAGGCUUGUUAGAUCGGUUUAUAUUGCAUAAUGGCAGCACCAACUGGUCUGUAAUGUAUACAGCACCUUAUGAACGGUGUGACAAUUAUGGUUAUUGUGGUGCCAAUGGUUUUUGUAGGAUCAACAAGGAUCCCAUAUGUGAAUGUUUGGAUGGGUUCGUUCCGAAAUCUGAUGAAGAAUGGAAAAUGAUGAAUUGGGCUGGUGGGUGUGUGAGGAAAUCGCCAUUGGAAUAUUGCAAGAGUGGAGAUGGGUUUGUGAAGCUUGCUGGUGUGAAGUAUCCUGAUUUCUUGGAGUUCUGGUCCGAUGAAAGUAUGAGCUUGGAUGAGUGCAAAGAGGUUUGCUUGAGGAACUGUUCUUGCACAGCUUAUGCAAAUUCUGAUAUUGAAAGAAGAAGUGGCUGUAUGGUAUGGUUUGGUGACCUGAUCGAUGUCCGGGAAUUGAGACCCAAGAUAAGUGAUCCAGAUGAAAUUUAUUUGAGAUUGCCUGCUUCUGAACUUAAAUCAAUUCACGAUGGGAAAAGAAAGAGAAGAUUAAAGACAAUCAUAAUUGUUUCAGUAAUUACCUCUAGCAUCUGUAUCUUGGCCCUGGUCUGGUGGAUAUUUUGGAACAAAAGAAGAAGCACAUUGAGAGUGCAAAAAACUGGUGAUAAGGAAGAUGUAGAACUGCCUUUAUAUGAUUUGGCUACCAUUGCUUCUGCUACAAAUAAUUUCUCUUCAGAAUGUAUGAUCGGAUCAGGCGGUUUUGGUCCUGUUUACAAGGGGAACCUUAUAACAGGACAAGAAAUAGCUGUAAAAAGACUGUCCCAGAAUUCAGGACAGGGUAUUAAAGAGUUUAAGAAUGAAGUAGAACUAAUUGCAAAGCUUCAGCAUAGGAAUCUAGUCGCACUUUUAGGAUGCUGUAUUCAAGGAGAAGAAAGGAUCUUAAUCUAUGAGUAUAUGCCCAACAGAAGUUUGGAUCAUUUUAUCUUUGAUAAUAAAAGAAGCACGAUACUGAAAUGGAAGAAAUUAUUUGAUAUUGUCAUGGGAAUUGCAAGAGGACUUCUCUACCUCCACCGCGACUCUAAACUUCAAAUUAUUCAUAGAGAUCUCAAGGCAAGCAACAUUUUGCUAGAUAGCAACUUGAAUCCUAAGAUUUCUGACUUUGGCUUAGCAAGGAUUUUUGGUGAUGAUGAUGAAAAAGAAGCUAGAACAAGGAGAGUAGUAGGAACAUAUGGGUAUAUGUCUCCGGAAUAUGCAAUUGAUGGGAAGUUUUCAGUAAAAUCCGACGUGUUUAGCUUCGGUGUUCUUCUAAUAGAAAUCAUAAGUAGAAAAAAGAAUAGAAGAUUCUCACACCCUGAUCACCAUCACAACCUCCUAGGACAUGCAUGGUUGCUGUGGAAUGAAGGCAAGGCCUUAGAUCUAAUGGAUGUAAGUUUGAAUGAUUCAAGCAUUGAAUAUUCUCAAGUGGUACGAUGUAUUCAAGUGGGUUUAUUAUGUGUCCAAAAGUUUCCACAUGACAGACCAACUAUGUCUUCCAUUGUUUAUAUGUUGGAGAAUGAAGGAGCCACAUUGUCUAGACCAAAACAGCCUGGUUUUUUCAUGGAAAGGAGUUCAAAUGACGAGGGCUUAACAGUGUCAAAAAAUGUAGAACCCUCAUACUCGCGUAAUGAAGUAACCGUGAGUAUGACCAUGAUGAAUGGUAGGUAGAUAAUAAAAAAAUUUAAUGCAUAUGUUUUAGUAGAUGGAAUGAGAAACAUGUUUUGUGUCUGGUUCAACAUGUUUUUAUACUUUUGAUCGACUCUAAGCCAUAUGUAUUAAGUAUGUUCAACUAUUACCAUGUUUUGUUCAAUAAGGUCAAGUAUUCAAGGUCCA